GUUCGGGUGAACAGGAAAUUAUAAAAAAAAUUGUUUCGUUGUAAAAAUGAAGAUAUAUAACAUAUUUUUCAUUUUGUCCACUGUUGUAUUAAUAGCAGUGGUAGUGGUAGAAUGUGGGCAUACAUUCCUUGGUACGAAUAUUCAGAGACCAUUAGUUCAACAUCACCGUGCGAAAUACAAUUCUAAUAUUUUCCGUAAGAGAGUUGAAUAUUACAAUUUCACACUGCCAAGAAAUUAUAUUAUUGUUGGAGGAUCAAUUAAGGGUAUCCUGGCAUACGACUUGACUUAUAGCGAGGCAUCCGCGAAUGUAACACAGGGGGGCGUCGGAUACAACUAUGUAACACUACGUAUGAAGAGCGAACGCGGAAAAGAAUUAAAUUACAACAUCUACAUUUAUGCUUGAAAUUAAACGUCAUUCAUUACUUCCUUGUAUCUACUUUAUUACUUACUUGUACUUAUUUAAGGCUCUCAAAGCACAAUAUUUUUAUCAAUAGCGAUUGGUGAUAUUUUGAUUUAAUUAUAAUGAGUUAAUUUGUCAGUUUUUAAGUAGAGCACUCUAUUGGAUCAUGUGUGGUUUUGCAGCAGGAAUUGUCACUGUCUUUCUAUCUGUCCGAAUACUGGCGUUAAUGUUUUCGUAUUUCGCAUUGUGAAUCAAUCUUCCUCCAUCAUACCCCUUUCAGGCAUUAGGCCUUCCUCUCCAACCCCUUCUUAAAAAGCCGGGAAUUACCUUGCAAUUUACCAUCAAGUUCGUAGUAAGUUCAUUUGCCUCCUGGUACAAAAAAAAUUGUGUUUAUUUUUACCUAGGUAGUUUUUGAAGUUUAGUAUAUAGUCCUUGUGUCUGCUACCACAUGUAUUACGCUUGCUUGUCUGUCAUUUUCUUCCAAAUAUUUAAAUGCUUUUGGCAAUAGCUGGCCUUUACAACUUCAUCGGACAAAAAAUUGCAAGUACUAAAUGAUGCAGCUGAAGGUCAAACCCCGCCUGAUGGAUACAAGUAUAGCCUCGCCUCGCUAGGGUUUCGAAUCUGGACUCAGCUCGUCGUAAUUUUGAUAUACAUAUGAUAGAGGAUAGAUCUAAGAGAAGGUGUCGAAUUACUAAAUUUUGGCCAACAACAACUUUUGUAACAGGAUCCAUUCAUUAGUCCAGUAACUCGGGGGCAGUUGCUCCAAAAAUCGAGGAAUAACAGAUGAUGUAACUAAGAUGAUCGGUGAAAAAGAAUAUUAUUAAAUGCAUCGAUUGUAGUUGAAUCGCUGUUUUGAUAAAAGUAUCACUGUGUGUAAGUCUUUAAGGCUUUUAAGUAAUAUAGAAAUUAUUGUGUUUUAUUUCGUGCUUUGAAGGAUCCAUAAUAAAGA